AUGGGCUCAGUGACAGUGACAGUGUCGCCCACCCAUGUCAAGAUUGCGAAUAUAGGCAUCCUCCCGCCACAUACCCAGAUGACUGCUGUCUCCCCACAAAGCCACCGCUAUUUAUUCCCCUCAACGGUCCCUGAGCCUAGCCUUAAUUCCCUAAACACUCAAUUUUCAAGCGGGUAUCGACAUCGAACCUCCACCCACCAUGCCUGCGACUGUUCUCUCACAUUUCGUUAUUUUUUAUGGUAUCUAAAACGCCGACGCUCUCAAGCCCGAAACCCUUCAAAAGAACCGAGACCUCUAUCCUUCCUUCCCAUACCUUAUCAACGACAACCUGCUCGCAUAUCUUCCCGAGGCCGAGAGAUUCAGAAUAUGAUCUACUUCGACAUCAGGUCCAUGACAAAAUUUGAACUCCAGUCACGAUCAGCCUGCUUCAAGAACGAAGGAAACAUCGCAGCCGAACUCAUCGCCGGAAUCGCGAUACCCGGCCUUCCAGUGCCCAACGCCUUCGAGAAUAUCCUGAGUCUAAUUGUCUUUGUCAGUCGCAUAUCCACUGUGAUGUUGUUCCCGCCGCAAUGGAGCGGUACUCUCACAUGA